ACCCGGUACCUCAACCUGAUGGAGAACAACAUCGCCUUGGUGCAGGCCGACACUUUCCGUCACCUGCACCGUUUGGAAGUGCUGCAGCUCGGCCGCAAUUCCAUCCGCCAGGUGGAGGUGGGAGCCUUCAGCGGUUUGGCCAACCUCAAUACUUUGGAAUUAUUCGACAACUGGUUGACCGUGGUACCCAGCGGGGCUUUCGAAUACCUCUCCAAACUCCGAGAGCUUUGGCUACGCAACAACCCCAUCGAGAGCAUCCCUUCCUACGCCUUCAACCGGGUGCCGUCCCUCCUGCGCCUGGACCUGGGCGAGCUCAAAAAACUGGAGUACAUCUCGGACGGCGCGUUCGAAGGUUUGGACAACCUCAAGUAUCUCAAUUUAGGGAUGUGCAACAUGAGAGAGGUACCCAAUUUGACCCCUUUGGUCGGUUUGGAAGAGUUGGAAUUAUCCGGCAAUCAUUUCCCGCGUCUCCACCCGGGAGCUUUCCGUGGUCUCCGAGCCUUACGCAAACUUUGGAUCAUGAGCUCCCAAAUCAGCCUGAUCGAACGCAACGCCUUCGACGAACUGACGGCCCUGGUGGAGCUCAACCUGGCCCACAACAACCUCUCCUCUCUCCCCCACGACCUCUUCGCCCCGUUGCGCUUCUUGGUGGAGCCCCACCUCCAUCACAACCCCUGGGCGUGCGGCUGCGACGCUCUGUGGUUGGCGGCGUGGUUGCGAGAAUCCAUCCCCAGCAAUUCUUCUUGCUGCGGACGUUGCCACGCUCCUCCGGCCAUGCGGGGCCGUUUCCUUUUAGAGGUGGAAAGGGCGGCUUUGCGUUGCUCGGCGCCUUUCUUAGCCGACGCGCCCACGGACCUCAACAUCUCCGAAGGUCGCGGGGCCGCGUUAAGAUGCCGGACCGGCGCCAUGGCUGCGGUGCGUUGGUUGUUACCGGACGGAGAGGUUCUCAGCCACGCGUCCUCCCGACCUCGUUUGAUGGUUUUACACGACGGCACCCUCAAUUUUUCCCACGUGCUGACGGCGGACACCGGCCUCUACACCUGCAUGGCGGCCAACGCCGCCGGCAGCGCCAACGCAUCCGCCUACCUCAACGUCACCGCCGCCGAGUUGGAUGCGUCCGCGUACAGCUUCUUCACCACCGUCACCGUCGAGACGACCGACGCGGCUCCCGAUGACGCCGCCGCCGCGGCACCCAAAGCUGCCAAAUCCACCCCACCCACCGCACCCACCGCCUACCGACCCGCCUACACCGCCACCACCACCAUCCUGAUCCGCGGCACGCGGCGCGGACCCACGGCGCCCUCCGACACCGAGCACCGCGAGGCGCCUCACACCAGCUUAGACGAAGUCAUGAGGACCACCAAAAUCAUCAUCGGUUGCUUCGUGGCCGUCACCCUGCUGGCCGCCGCCAUGCUCAUCGCUUUC